UCUUUACCGCUUUGGCAGCUUGGGCUUUCUUUCGGUUUUCACUCUUCUGCAACUCCUUUUCUUACUCCAAUGGCAGCUUCCCUUCUUCUCCCUUCUCCCUUUUUCAACAACUGCGGGGAUUUUUUAUGUAGUUGAAUUUGUUGGGUUAGUGCGCUCUCAUGAUCUUGCUUGAACCAUUCAGGAUAAGCAAAGUGUGCUUACAUCACAUCCAGUCGGGCUAUUUUCACAAAGGCCUCACUUUCUUCUCUGGCCGUCUCCCAAAAAAGAAUUCCAGCAUUUUCAUGGUUCCUGUUAGAGCCUUUGCCCUCUGCUGCUAUGCCUCCAGAACUUUUGCUUCUGUUGGCUCAUUAGAUACGGAUGUGGCAGGCCGAGAAAGUCAUGUUUCAAAUUCAAAUAACUUUCAGACGUCAGUUACUUCUUUUCAGCAUUCAAGUGACAAAUUGGAUGGGAUGAAAGAUUUUGAGAGAGAACUGCAAGAGUUAUUUGAUGAGGUCAAAAUGAUGAUUAUGAUGGGGAACCAAAAUGAUGCCAUAGACCUACUUCAAGCCAAUUAUGAGGCGGUGAAGGAAAGGAUGAAUGCCGGUGUUAGAGGCAUUGAAGAAGCUGCUACCAUUGACAUCAUAGCUCUAGGAUACAUGGCUAUUGGUGACGUAAAAUUUGUUAAUGCCCUACUGGAUAUGUUGAAUGAAGUUGUUGACAGUCUAAAGGAUGAUGAACCACUUCUGGAUUCCGUUCUCGUGCAUAUGGGAAGUAUGUAUUCAACUUUGGGGAAGUUUGAGAAAUCAAUGUCUGCAUAUAGGAGGGCUAUUGGUAACAUGGAGAGCAUUUAUGGGAAAAAUAGUGUCUUUCUUAUCACACCAAUUUUGGGCAUGGCAAAAGUUCUCAGCUCCAUUGGAAGAACUUCAAAAGCAGUAGAAUUCUACCAUCGUGCAAUAAGUCUUCUAGAAUCAAGUAGAGGUGCUGAAAGUGAGGAUUUGGUCAUACCUUUAUUUGGUGUUGGCAGUCUUUUACUCAAAGAAGGAAAGCCUGUUGAGGCAGAAAGUCCUUUUCUAAGAAUUUUUGACAUUUACAAGAAGUUAUACGGAGAGAAUGAUGGAAGAGUUGGAUUGGCCAUGUGUUCUCUGGCACACGUGAAGUGUGCAGUGGGAGAUGCAAAUGAAGCCAUCUCUUUAUAUAGAAAAGCUCUCCAGGUCAUCACAACUUCCAACUAUAUGGCUUUAGAUGACAGCAUAAUGGAGAAGAUGAGGAUAGAUUUGGCAGAGUUACUUCAUGCUGUUGGAAGAGGGAAGGAAGGCCGAGAGCUACUGGAGCAAUGUUUGAUGAUCACUGAGAAAUAUAAAGGUAAAGAGGACCCGAGCUCAGCAACACAUCUUAUUAAUCUUGCAACGUCCCAUUCGAGGUCGAAGAAUUAUGUGGAGGCUGAGCGCUUGCUGAGGACAAGUUUGGAGAUCAUGGGAAAGACAGUGGGGCCUGAUGAUCAAUCCAUCACAUUCCCAAUGCUGCACCUUGCCGUUACUCUCUACCAUUUAAAGCGGGAUGAAGAAGCUGAACAGCUUGCCCUGGAGGCUUUGCACAUCCGUGAAAAAGCAUUUGGAAAAGAUUCCCUUCCUGUUGCGGAGGCUCUCGACUGUUUGGUGUCAAUCCAAACUAGAUUGAAGAAGGAUGAUGAAGAGUUGCUGGAGCAGCUAACGAGGGUUUUGAGCAUCCAAGAGAGAGAGUUUGGCCCCGAGGGUGAGGAGGUUAUGAUAACCCUGAAAAAAGUUGUAUUCUACUUAGACAAACUAGGGAGGAAAAACGAAAUUUUCCCUUUGCAGAAAAGAUUGUCUGCACUUGGAAUGAAAUUCAAGCAACGGAUUCAACAUUAACAGCAAUACUUGUGUUUUGUUCUGCGCUUGAUUAUUUUUUAAAUACAAAUUUUUAUAUUUCAAACGAUGUCGUUUUGCGGCAAUUAUGGCGUGCAUCGUUCAUUAAAGUCAACGACAAUAAUUACGGUGUUCUUCA